UCGAUUUUACCUAAGUUAUCGACAGUCGUGUCGUCGUUGUCUCGGGCUGUGUUACUGGGUGGGCAGAAAAAGUUUUCAAUUUUAAUACUAUUUCGCAUUGAUUAAUUGCUUUAUGAUAUAACUACGACUACUGCAACACAUACAAAUUGCGGUUGCGCUUGCAGUGCAAGCACAUUUCUUUUGGAGGACUACAAAACAAAACAACUGAAAAGACUGAACACUCAACGAUUUCUAAUCACACUCGAAAGGCUUUCUACCACACGAAGUAACAUCACACACAAACAGUGCUGAACAGCCACUGCGGAAAAACACGCACACACAUAUCAAACAGACGAAAAAAAGAAAAUAAAAAGUGUGCCAAAGCCAGCUCGCCCGUAAGCCACACUGCCGAAAUCAUCAGCAUAAGAAACGAAUAAGAAUUUGUAUACAGAAUACAGAAGAGCAAAGCGGAUCAAAUACAUAUUAACUAAUUAGCUGGCCGCUAGGCGACUGUAGUGAAUAUUGAUGCACACAGGGGGCGCUGCUGAGCAGAGGCAAGGGGCUGUGUUUUUCCGAGUUUCGCUUUGGACAACGACGACGACAACCAAUAAUAAUUUUGUAGAAUGAACGGCAAGACGCCCGUAAAUAGUGGCGCGUCUAGCGUAGAUUUAUAUGUAACGCAUUUGGAUCACGUUGGACCCUAUUUGAAGCUAUAUGGGCAGGCCAAUCGGGAUGCUGCCUUUUUGAUUAGCACGCGCAUCGAGACGCUGCUGCCCACCUGCUUUGCCAUAGACCCAAGUUGGUCAAAUGAACGUCAACAGGCCCUACUCACACCUGGCACCUUUUGCGUUUUCAAGCGAACAAAUGGCGCUGCACCUGGCGAUGUGGAAUAUAUGCGAACGCGUGUGCUUAGUGCCGGACUCGAUGACAAACAAUUGAACAAUCGCGGCAGCGCCAACAGUAACAGCAGCGGCGGCAGCGGCAGCAGCAGUAAGAUGCGCGUCGAGAUAGAGUUUCUUGAUUAUGGCUACAAGCGAAAUGUGAGCAGCCACGAUCUGCUCUUCUCGAAACAGCCACAGCUGCUGCAAAAUGUUCCGGUACUCUGUUCGCAGUACAUUGUGCUGGGCAUUUGCUCGGAAUGGGACCAGGCUGAACUGGACACAGUGAAACAGCUGAUGGUUAACCAUGUGGUCAGCAUCGAGGUGGAUCCCACACAGAUCUGUGGGCAAAAGUUUGCCAGCGUACGCUGGAAAGAUUUUGACCUUAACGAAUUUCUGGUGCAGCAGAAGCAAAUUGGUGCACCGAUUGCCAAGGAGAUGAUCAUGGAUCAUUGUAAGAAAUUGUGGAAGGCUCAGCCACAAUCGCCCAUCAUUGAAUACAAUAAUAAUAGCAUACAGAGCACGGGCAACGGCUCCAACAAAACGCCCACAGAUGUGGCACGUGAACAGAUUGCAGCGCGCUUCUCACUAGCAGCUCGACUCGACGUGCAUCGCACGCUGGGCACAACGCCGCCACGGCCUCUCAAAGCAACAGCACCAGCAGCAGCAGCAGUCAACGAGUAUACACCACCCAAGCCACUGCAACAGCAGCAGCCGCAGGUGCAGCUGCCAACAAAAGUGGUGAUGCCUACGCCAUUAGCCAACUUGACAAAUGUCAUGCCAAAUCCCGUCCAGGCGGCAUCGGCGGCAACAGCUGCUCACCUAGUCAAUGCUCAGAAAGCGGCCGUCUAUGCAGCGGCGAAUCAUCCAUACAAUCAACAUAGUGCCAAUAUCAAUAAAACUUCCGAGUCCACUCAUAAUGUCUACACGCCCAAAACAAAUCCACGGCCACUGAAUAUGUAUUAUAAUGUGCGCCUUAAUAAUCCCAUGCAUCAGCAUCGGCAACAGCAGCAGCUGCCAUUGCUGCAGCAGCCAUCGUUGAACUUUGUGCCCAUACCACGUUAUGCAUUGGCGCAACAACCAAAGGCGGCAGCUCAAAAGCAACAGCAACAAUUGCAACCCAUUAUGCCGGCUUUUCGUACCACCAGCCUGACCGUUGGCCUGACUUACGAUGUCUAUGUAAGCUUUGUGGAGAAUGGUCCGCAUUUGUUUUGGGUGCAGCUGAAGAGUGCCACGAGAGAUCUGAAUGUCAUGAUGGGCCAGAUUGAGCAUAUGCGCCUGCAGGCGCUCACUCAGUAUCCGAGCGUGGGUACGGCGUGCGUGGCACGCUUUUCUGAAGAUGGCAAUUGCUAUCGCGCCUUAGUUAGUGCCGUCUACGGCCAGAGAUUCCGUGUUGUCUAUGUGGAUUAUGGCAAUUCGGAGAUGGUUGCACUAACAGAUCUCUAUCAGAUACCACAGGACCUGUUGCUGAUCAAACCAUUCGCCUUUCGCUUUGCGCUAGCAGGCGCCAAAGAGUUGGGCGCCCUCGAUGAAAGUAUGAAGCGGAUAUUCAAGAACUCCGCUUUGUAUAUUAAUUUUCAACUGACUGUGCAGGCACCUGAGAGUGUGGGCUCAAUGCAAACCUGCCAACUGAUGCAUAAUAACAACAGCAUGCUGGAGGUGCUUAAGAAGCUGAAGAAUUCUCGCCAAGCCUAUGCCAAGGCGGAGCAGCUGCAGAACGAUGAUGCUGUCGAGAUACGUUACAUUGAUUCGCCAAGCAAUUUCUAUGUGCAAAAGGUCAACAACAUUGAGCAAUUCGAAAAGCUAAUGGACGAGAUGUUUGCCUACUAUAAUAUCAAUCAACUGGUGCCCGAGCAGCUGGUGCUGGGCGCCCCUUGCGUCGUUAAAUGCGAUCGCGAAUGGUAUCGAGCGGAGCUACUGCGUAUAGACGACACUACAAUCAUUGUGCGUCAUGUGGACUUUGGCUAUGAGCAGCACGUGAAACGGCAUUUGAUAGGCAACAUUGCCGAGAAGCAUCUGGUGAUGCCGCGGCAAGCGAUCAAGUGCUGUCUAAAGGGCUUCGAGAACAGCGAGCUGAGCCAGGACAAGAUUACGGAUCAAUUUGAAAUGCUUGCCGAGGAAUCAAAUAUCAGGCGUCGCACCUUUAGCGUGCGCGUCUUUCGCAUCGAGCCUGAUGGCCUAAAUGUUGUAAACCUAAUGGCCAGAAACUUAAACGUGAUGAAGAAGCUUUACAAACUGUCUAUGCCUUUCGAGCAGUACCUAUCGCUGGAGAAGGGUCAAUUCAAUUCAAAUAUCACACGUGCCGAAUCAACAGUAUCCGAUACAAUGCCUCAGCAGCUGGAGAAGGGUCAAGUGCUCAAUUCGACAACUGUCGAGAGCGAGGAUCGCAUGCAGCUGCAAAGGCAAAGGAAGAUCAACAAUUCAAAUUCGAAUUCCAAUGCGAAUGCUAAUGCUAAUGGCAAUGCCAAUGCCAAUACCAACGCUAAUGCUAAUGAGUGGGACAAACACAGUUCUGCCUCGACCAGCUCGAAGGAUACCCAAUCGCAGCAGAGCGGCGCUAAACGUCAGAUACAACAGGCGCGCCUCGAGCGCAAUGGUGCAGACUCCAAUUUAGUACGACGAAAUCGUGAUAUACGUAUCGACAAUAGCUAUGAGAACCACAGCACCAGCAGCUACACCAGCGGCAUGAGUUCCCCGCGCAAAGCCAAUCGACAGAAUGGACGCAAUCGCUUGGAUUCACCACGUCUGCAAAAUGGCAAACAGGAGGCGAACAAAAAUACUCGCUUUAGCAACAGUCCAUCGCCGCGUAAGGAAGCUCAGCAACUGCAGCAGUCUCAGCGUAAUACUUCGAAUCAACGUUCGCUUAAUGCUCCACAGGGAUUUGCACAGAAGUCGCAACGUCAGAAAUCUACACUGGAUGGUACAACGGGCAGCUCGAAGCGUUCCAGUGGCGUAGAAAGCGAUGCCAACUCCAAUGCCGACGUAAUAGCAACGCCCAAACCUCAACCGCAGCCGCAGCCGGAGAAAUAUGUACCGCUGGAUAAGGCCUAUGUGCUCCAGGACAUUAAAACGCCCACCAAAGAGGCAGCCAGCUUGUCCUGGUGGGUUUCGCCAUUCCAAUUCUACGUAGUGCCAAAGUCGCUAGCGACCAAAUAUGAAAGUCUUUUGCGCGAACUGCGUCAGUUUUAUCGUCAGAAGCCACAUCAGCCGCUGCAGCUGAAGGUGGGCUCCAGUGUUGUGGUGCGACAGCGCAAAGACAAUGCCAUACUGCGAGGAACUGUGGUUGCCUGUAAUCACAUGCUGCGCAAAUAUCGCAUCUUUUGUGUGGAUGCUGGCAAUUUGCUGACUGUGACCUCUGAGGAUGUCUGGCAGCUGGAGCAGCGCUUUGCAGAUGUGCCCUGCCUGGCGCAGCGCUGCAGUUUCGAUAAGAUUGUAACGAACUAUGAUCAUUUAUACAUUGUGGAUCGCAUGGAGAAAUAUGUGCCUGCCAAUGCCAAGGUUGAGUGCGAAUUCAGAUCGAAACAGCCUUCGCAGCAGCAACACCAGAAUAACAAUAAUAAUAGCUGGGGCACAUAUAUAGUUAAAAUGCUAGUGAAUGGUGCCUCGUUGCGGGAUACGUUGAUCAAUGCUCAGUUCCUCACUGAGGUGGCGGAAUCUGUUCGCGUUGGUCUUCUGGCUGGUCAACAGGUGCGCGGCAAAUUCACCUCCAUUCGGGAUAUGACAAACUUCAAGAUUCAACUCGAGAGCUGCAGCGAUGUGAACUUCCUGUGCAGCUACGAUGAUGCCAAGUUUGUCAAGUCCAACAAAGAGUUAGCGAAGCCCUUCAAGGAACACUAUGAGGGCAAAUCGUAUGCUCUCAACAUUAAGCAUGUCUGUGAGAACAAUAUUAUACACUUGCGUCCUGUUAUGCCGCUCUUCAAGGAGGAGCGCAGCGCUUACAUUUGCGGUUAUCCAGUUUUGGUUAAUAGCUUUCAAGCCCUGGUUGUCUAUACAGCUAAAUCGUAUCGCAUAUUUGUGCAGCCCAUCGUUAUUGAGCCAGCCAUGAAGCAGCUGCUCGAUGAUAUGUAUGGCUUUUAUACCAAGAAAGGCAAAUACCUACGUAAAUUCGAAAAGGAUCAAAUUUGUGCUGCACUUGGCAGCGAUGGUAAUUGGUAUCGAGCACGUAUUUUGGCCAAGGAUGCCAAGAGCUCGCGUUUGGAUGUGUUAUACAUUGACUAUGGCAAUACAGAGCAACUAGCUCGGGAGCAGCUUAAGCAGCUGGAAGAGAAAUUCUAUGUGAAUAAAAGCUGCUAUGCAGUUGAGAUUAAUUUACCCUUUGGGCGCAUCAACAACGAUGAGAAGCUCAAAGGGCGUCUGGCCAAGCUAUUAGAGGAGCAAGUGGUCACCGUGAAGCCCAUUGAGACACGACGAAAUCAUCUUAUUGCCGACGUUUUACUGCCCAACGGCAAGGAGAGCGUCCUGGACACUUUGAAGGCAGAGAAACUAAUUGCGGGCAGGGAUAUUGAUUAUAUGCGCAAGCAGCUGGACAAGGAAAAGCCGCAUAUUUAUGAGUACAUAGAAUGCGUCGAUCUAACUACCGACGAUGAUGAAGAGCUGCAGCAGCGCAAGAGCAAAUCCAAUUCGGCGAACAGCUCGCCAAAGCCCAAGAAGCCGCAGCAGGAACCGAAGGAGCCAAAGGAAACAAAACAGCGUAAUAAGCAAGUAGAACAGGCACCAUCACCUACUCCAGUUGCAGCUUCUGCUCCAGCACCAGCACCAGCACCAGCUGCUCCCAAAGUUGAAGUGAAGCCUGUGGAGUCGGCGCCUGUUGUACCCGUUAUACCAGAGCCAGUGGAAGUUGUGGAGCCGCCACCAGUUACGGCCAGCGAAGAAAUUCCACCUGCAAUUUCACCUCAAGCACCUGUUGCUGCAGCUAUCACACCCACACCCGAUCCAUACAAGGACAUGGAAAAAGCUGUGCUGAGUCACUGCGAUAAUCCUGCACAUUUCUAUGUCCAUCCCCUGGAUGCAGUGCCUAAGCUAAAGCGCCUAACAGAGAAUCUACAAAUUGUGUCGCCAUCGUUGCCGCAACUGGCAGAGAUUGUGAAUGGUGCCGAUUGCAUUUCCAUGUAUUCCAUGGACAAGUCCUGGUACCGUGCCAAAAUACUCGAUGCUGAGCUGAUGGUGCUGCAGUUUAUUGACUUCGGCAAUACCGACUGUGUCUCUGACGCCAAAGAGAUUAAGCAGAGCAUAUGCUCACAAAUGGAGCCGUUCUGUCUACCCUUCGCCCUGCCCAUUGCACCCAAAGGCAAGCUGGAAUGGGCCGAUGCUGCCAAUGGUAUAUUUAAUGAUUCGUACGAGAAGAUUCUCCACUACGAGUACUUGACACGCGGCGACUGCCAGACGCGCAGCUAUGUUAACUUGUAUAUCGAAGGCGUCGAUGUGGCCAAGAAACUGGUCGCCGAUGGCUUCGCGAAGCCCUUGGACUAUGUCAGCAGCGGCAGCAGUUGCUACAUCUCGCACGCAAACAGCAUCGCAGACUUCUACAUACAGCUGGAGAGUGACUCUAAAGCCUUGGAGCUAAUCGAACUCUAUUUGAGCGAUGCAGAGCAAAAGUUGGAGCCGUUGCAGCGUUUCGAGAAGGGCAGCAUCGUGGCAGCCCUUUUCGAUGAUGAUGGACUCUUCUAUCGUGCCGAGCUGCUGCGUCAGCUGCCCGAUUCCCGUUACGAGGUGCGUUUCAUCGAUUACGGCAACACUUCGUCCACGGCAAAGUGUCUGUUGCUUUCAGAGGAAAUAGCCAGUGCGCCGAGCUUAUCGAAACGCUGUGCACUGCAGCUGCCAGAGAACUAUGUGGCCUGGUCCCAGGAGGCGGAAACCAAAUUUGCCGAGCUGACGGGCGAGGGUGAGCUGGUCUUUACCACACAGCUGCUGCAGCCGGGACUGGAGCAUAUAAUUAUAAACCUGCUGCUCGACGAGGAUAAUGUAUUGGAUCAAUUGUUGUCCCUGUGCACACGCAAACAGCCGAAGACACAGGAAGAGCCACAGGCCGAGGCCAAUACUAAGUCGGAAGCCGGCGUAGACAGUAUCACGGCCAUUGUCACGCAUGUGAAUAGCCCCACUAGCUUCUAUUUGCAAUUCGAGUCGAACAAUGGCCAAAUGGACAACAUCAGCGAGCUGCUGAAUGGCGACAGCGCCAGUCUGCAGCCCAUGCAACAGAUCGCCAACUUGGAUCAGCUGUGCGUGGCUCAGUUUGCCGACGACAAAGAGUUCUAUCGUGCUCGCAUCUUGGAACUUCUGCCGACCAAGCAAUCGAUGCAGUAUCGUGCGCUCUUCAUAGAUUUUGGCACUCAGGCGUUAGUCGAGAAGCUCUUUGAGUUGCCAGCGGAGCUAGUUCAAGUGAAACCUCAGGCAGAGGUGCACGCCUUGGAAUCUUGCUCGAACUUUAUCAAGUAUCCCAAGCAAGCGCGGGAGGCGCUGGACGCGCUCAUCGACAGCUGCAAUGGCGAGGUGACCGUGGAGUUUAUCAAUAAAUCGGCGCAACCGCCAGUUGUGCGGCUAAAGACCAUGGACAAACAUGCCCUCAACAUUUACGAGCAGUUGCAAGAGCUGCUAGAGGCCGAGCUGCAGAAGCCCCAGGCGCAGGCCAACAACAAAGAGUGCAUCAUCUCUCAUGGCAGCUCCCCCAAGAGUUUCUAUGUGCAGCUCAAGAAGAAUUCUGCUGAGCUGGAUUUGAUUGUUAAGACUCUGCAUGGCAUAUCCAAGGAGCAGCUGGAGCCACUUCCCAGUCCUGCUGUGCAAUUGAAUGCAGUCUGUUUUUCCCAGGAAGAUGAUUGUUAUUAUCGCUGUUGCAUCAAGCAGAUGCUGGAAGCGGACAAAGGUUACGAGGUGUUCCUCAUGGACUACGGCAGCAGCAUGAUUGCCAUGCAGGUGUUUGCCUUGCCACAGGUAAUUUCUGAAAUACCGCCAUUGGCACUGCACUGCCAGCUGAGCGAGCUGCCCGAGGAUGUGCCGGAGACUAAGCUGGAGGAAGCAUUCGCAGCGCUGUUGGAGCAGCAUUUCGGCGAAGUCUACGAGCUGGUCAACGAGCCACAAGUGGACGCCGCAAAGACACAGCAAUCGGUGCAGCUGCGCAUCAACUACAAGGACUUUGCCCAGGAGCUGGCCAGCACAGUGGCUGGUGUACAGCAGCCACUCGAAGUUGUGCUGCACAGCUGCAUUGUGGUGCAGUAUGACAAUGCCAAAUCGUUCUAUGUGCAAAUGGAACAGGAUGUGCCAGCGCUCGAGGAAAUGACCGAUAAAAUGCUGGAUGCUGAGCAAAACUUUGACGUCUUCACGGAGCUGCAGGUGGGCGCAUUGUGCGUGGCCAAAUUCCCCGAGGACGAGGUCUUCUAUCGAGCCGAGAUAGUCAAGCUGCUGGACGAUGGCAAGUGUGAGGUGCAUUUCAUAGAUUUCGGCAACAAUGCAGUCACCGAUGAGUUCCGUCAAUUGCCCGCCGACUUGGCCCAGGCGCCGCGCUACAGCAAACACUGCGAACUGGAGAGUGCCACCAUGGCCAAGUGUGAUGUGGCCGCCUUGGGUGCAUUCAUCGAUACACACUUCUCCGAACCAUUCCAGCUGGAGAUACUGGCCAAGAAGGACGAACGUGAGACACAUGUCGUGCGGCUCUUCUAUCAGAACACAAACAUCAGCGAGCAGCUGCGUCUGCAACAGAAGCCAUAAAAACAACAACAAACACAAAAUCCGUCAAAGCAAGUCGUCAAUGAAGUCAAUUGAGAGGCAUACGAUUCUUAGAGGAGUUGCUAAAAGCACUCUCCCACAUAGACACCCACACACUUACACUCUUUACACACACACACUCAAGCAUAUUUGCAAUAUGAAUGCAAAAGAUUGUGAUUAGUUUUUGGCUAAAAAGAAAAACAUCCGUUGUAUUAACCCAAUUUAGUUGGAACAAGUUAAACUUAUUCAAGCUCAUGAUUUUUGUUUUU